ACGAAUUCCGGGUUCAAGUAUGAAUCUAAUUAAUGAAAGAGCUCAACUCAGCAUGAGGUAUCUUGAAUUCAGUUUCUUAAUGCUUAUGAAGACUUGUAAGACCGUCUAGUUAGACAUGCGAAGGUGUGUUCUAUGCUUAUUUUUAGCUAAAUUACGUGCCUGCUUGUGACAUACGCUUUUAUACUUGCAUCUGCUUUUCUCUUGCAUCAUAACGCUAAAAUGUUUGCUAGAGCCUCAUUUUAUCCUACUUUAAUGUACAAUGUAGUAAUGGAAAAAUUGACGUCUAGAAGGUGGUAUGAUCGUAUAGAUGAAAAUGUUAUUCUCGGAGCUUUACCUUUUCGAAGUAUAACUGAAAAGUUAAUAGAGGAAGAAAAUGUUAGAGGAGUUAUCUCAAUGAAUGAAGAUUUUGAGCUACAGAGAUGGGUAACUACAGAAGAAGAAUGGAAGAGAAGAGGUGUAAAAUUUCUUCAGCUUCACACACAAGAUAUUUUUCAUGCUCCAAGCCAAGAAAAGCUAGCUCGUGGUGUGCAAUUUAUAAAUGAAUUUGUUGGUACUGGUAGUAGCGUUUAUGUCCAUUGUAAAGCUGGAAGAACACGCAGUGCAACAUUAGUCGGAUGCUACUUAAUGAAACGUCAUAACUGGACCCCUGCACAAGCUGUUGAACUGAUGCGCAAUCGUCGACCACAUAUUUUAUUGGGAAGGAAACAACUUGAUGCUCUGGACAUCUUUCACAAGAACAAUGUUGCAAAUAAGUGAUCAGUUCUGUGAUUUUUUUUAAGUGCCCUCUCUAUUAUAUAAGAAUUUUUUAAUUGCAAAACUUGAAACACUGAGUGGCAAAGCUAUUUUAGAAUGUAGCAUUAACUUUGGAGCACAAGAUGUGGGCAUUUCUUACAUGUUGCACAAAGUGCUUUUGUUUUCAAGAAAAAAAAUUAAUGUUAUUUAUUACUUUAAUUAACAGUUUUUUAAAACUGUUUGGUAUAUUUAAUUUUUUUUUUUUUUUUCUUUUCAAGUUCCCUUUAAAUUAUUAUUCGAAAGGUUGAGUUGAACUUUGAUUACCCAAUAGAAUUUCUCAUUAGAGAGAGUUGAAUGAAAAUUUAAGUAUAAAUUAACAUUAUUAAUCUGAGUGAUAUAUUUUUGUAGCUAUGAAAAAUAUAACAGUCUUUGAAUUUAUUAAGAAUGACUUUAUUUACACUUUCAUGAAAAUAUGAACUUUUAUAUUGCAUUUUUGAUACAACAAACUUCAACAGUUCAUAAUAGUUAUCUGCAACACUAACUCUUUGCGAUAGCUUAUUCAGUGUAUUCUCAUGCUUUAGCAGGGUUCCCAUUCAUCUGGAAAGUCAAGGAUAUAUUGGAGAACGACAGACAAAAUAAAGAAUUUUUUUAGAAAGUCGAGGAAAUUCUGUAAAAUUUUCCACAAAAUCAGUCAAAUUUUUCUCAUUUUAAAAAACACUUGUACAGUCAAAAGUCGUUAAUCCGGACUCAUCGGGACUUCGGCGAUUCCGGAUUCAAUUUUUCUGGAUCAGUUUAAAUAUCGUAAGAUGGCAUGCAGAAAUUCUAAAAUUAAAAAUAUGAAACUGUAAUUUAUGAAAUAAAGAACAAUUAUAAUCUAAAGGGUAUCAAAAUUUACAAAUAAAAGCUUAAU